GAAACGAUAAUUUUUCAACGAACUUUUUAUUCAAAUUGAAUCGAGCGAUGAUUCGAGAGCAAAAUGGAAAAGGGGACAACGAUUUUGCAAGAAUCAAAAAUAAAAAAGCUGAAGAGAUGGAGGAGCGGCGAAGGUUGAUGGAGAAAAGUGCCGAAAAGAAGCGGCAAUUACGUCAACAGCACAUUGAACGUAAAGAAACAUUGGAAGCGGAGAAAUUGCAACGCGCCGAGACAGCUACUGAUCUGAAAAUUCGGCAACUUAAACGCAGGCAACGACUAGCUGAGGAACUUGCACGUCGUAAACACAUCGAGUUGCAAGAAUCGCUCAAGAGUAGAAAAAUAAAAUCUGCCACCCCGCGUAGUAUGUCCGACGAGGUCUUCGAGAAGAUACAAGCUGAAGUGAUGGAAAAGAAAACGCAGGACGAACAGAUACAAACUUCUAGCCCGUGGGAUGUCAGCGAAGACUUCGAACUAAAGCAGCAGCAGAAGAAAUUAAGUUACCAAAGGGAUCUGCAAAAUCAGAUGAUAGAUAAUCGACGUAGGCUGCGCGAGAAAGAAGAGGAGAAGCACCGCGAGCGAAAAAUAAUGGAGGAAGUUGGCGUGACGUUGCACGAGGAAAAUUCGGAAGCGGAAAAGAGGAAGACAGGAAUCGCUGCUUUGUUGCAAGCUGAGAGGGAUGCAUUUUUAAAGGCUCGACAGUUUUGGAAGGAAAAGAGGAGGGAAAUUCUAAGGCAGGAGCACGACGAGACUGCGCGAAUCAUCGCCAAAAGGGAAGCUUUACAAAAGAGGGAAGCUGAAGGAAAGAUUGACACCCAAGCAACGAAGGACAGUAUGUUGGAGAAAAUGAUGAGCAAAUUGAUGGAGGAGGAACGUAAACGAGUGGAACGGGAAGAAAUUUGCAGGGAAUUAUAUUUGGCGGAGAAAGAACACGAACGUGCAAGCGAAGCGAUUAAAGAGGCAUCGAGAAAGAAACAUACUGCGAGAGAACUUUUACAAGAAAUGGCAAGAACUCGGAUAGCUGUGGCCGAAAGGAAAGCGAAGGAAUGUGCAAUCGAUGCUGCUUUCACCAAGUACUUGGCCGACGAACAAAAGAAACAGGAGGAAAAGGAGAGACUAAAGGAGCGAACGCGACGUGAAAAAGUUGCUCAGUAUGGAAAUGAAUUGCGAGAGAUUAUAGAGCAAAAUAAAAUGCGACGCUCGAAGGAAACUAACAUCGAUGACGAUGAGAAAUGUAAGAUCAAGUGUCAUUCGGAGUCUGCUCUUGAAAAAUUAAAGUCACAGGUGGUAAAGGACAUGGUUCUGCCUUUAUAAAUAGCAACGCUGAAGAUGAAAUAAAA